AUGAACAUGCGUGAUCGAGUGCAUUCCAUUUCGCUAGGUCAGGGGCAAGGUCCUGUUGCUGAAAGGAUGAUCAAUGGUGCGAAAAGUAAAGGCGAUUGGGUUUUCUUACAAAACUGUCAUUUGGCCGCUUCGUGGAUGUUAGGCUUGGAGUUAAUAGUGUCUAAUUUGGGUACCACUCAGGGUGGAGUGCUACAUGAUGAUUUUCGUCUAUAUCUCAGUUCGAUGCCAACCCCGAAAUUUCCAGUAUCGGUGUUGCAAAAUUCAGUAAAAGUAACAAACGAACCGCCAAAAGGUUUGAAGGCUAACGUAAAAAGAGCUUUUAUAGAAAUGGAUGAUGACUUUUUUCGAAAAACAUGGUCAAGAUUGGCGUACGAUGCUGUUCGUAUUUGCAUGUUUCACGCCAUAAUUCAGGAACGAAAAAAGUUCGGCCCGCUCGGAUGGAACAUCACAUAUGAGUUUAAUAAUAGUGACCGCGAAUGCGCCAUGCUCAAUUUGCAAAUGUUUUGUGAAGACGGUCAUAUGCCUUGGGACGCAUUGGAAUACAUUACCAGUUUAAUAACGUACGGCGGUCGGGUGACGGAUAUGUGGGACCAGCGUUGCUUGACAACUAUAUUAAAGGUUUUCUUCUCACCACCGACUCUCGAAGAAGGAUACGCCUACUCUUCAUCUGGCAUUUAUUAUUGCCCGAGGACUGAAAAAAUAGAGGAUAUUCGCAAUUACAUUGAUACUUUACCAGUCAUUGAGACACCAGAAGUCUUUGGCAUGCACGAUAAUGCAAAUAUAGCAUUCGAGAACAAAGAAACAACGAGUUUAGUACAAACAAUAUUAGACGUACAGCCACGAACAGGAGGCUCUGAAGGCGGCGACACUCCAGAUCAAAUCGUGUGGCGCAUUUGUUGA